CUCUCUCUGUUAAUGAAGUUUUCCCCAUAUCCGUAGUAGCUGCUUCAGUUCCUUCCUGCUUCUGUGAACAUUAAAACCACCGCCUCAAACCCAUCCUCCUUCUCCUCCUCGUCCUUCUCGGAAAGAGUUUACAAUACUGAUAGCAAAAAAACCAGCAUGGUAAUGCUGCUUCAUAGACUCUCCGUUUCGCUCAGUUUCUUCCUAGUUUUGCUUCCUCUAGUCAGACCAGAUCUGGCUUCUGAGAGACUCGCUCUCGUGUCUCUCCGUUCGGCUGUUGGAGGCCGAACCCUUUUCUGGAACGUUUCUGAGCAGAGUCCAUGCAAGUGGUUCGGAGUCCAUUGCAAAAACGACCGUGUCGUUCAGCUUCGUCUUCCUGGUGUCGCGCUUUCUGGCUCAAUACCCACUGGCAUUUUCGGCAACUUGACUCGCCUUCGAACUCUCAGCUUGCGUUUCAAUGCGUUGAAGGGUGGGCUUCCCGAAGAUCUUGCUUCCUGUAUUAAUCUUCGUAACCUUUACUUGCAGCAGAAUCUGCUUUCUGGGGAAAUUCCAGAAUUUCUUUUUGCUUUACCGGACUUGAUUCGGCUUAAUUUGGCGUCCAACCAUUUUUCCGGUCCCAUUCCGCUGGGUUUCAACAAUUUGACGAGGCUCAGAACCUUGUUCCUCGAAAACAACGGUCUCUCAGGUGUCAUCCCCGAGUUAAACCUUGUAAACCUUGAGCAGUUCAAUGUUUCAAACAACAUGCUGAAUGGUUCAGUGCCAGAAAAGUUACAAACUUUCGCAAAAGAUUCAUUUCUAGGGAACUCUCUAUGCGGGAAACCCCUCAGCCUCUGUUCAGGAGAUGUAAAUGGAACUGGAACCGGAACCGGAACCGGAACCUGGAAAUCUCCGACGCCUAAGAUUGAAAACAAUGAGGGAAACAUGAAGAAGAAGAAACUGUCAGGUGGUGCCAUAGCUGGAAUCGUUGUAGGAUCAGCCGUGUGUCUUCUGUUGAUUCUUUUCGCUCUGAUCAUAUUAUGCCGAAAGAGCAGUAAUCAGAAGACAAGGUCGCUGGACAUUUUAACUGAUAAACAUCCUGAAGUGGAAAUUCGGGGCAACAAACCGGUUUCAGCUGGAACCAGUAACGGAUACUCUGCUGCAGGGGCGACGGCAGCGACGGAGAUCAACGCCGGAGCAAAAAAGCUGGUAUUUUUCAGUCAUUCACCGAAUGUAUUCGAUCUUGAGGAUUUGCUUAGGGCUUCUGCAGAAGUUUUGGGCAAAGGAACAUUUGGAACAGCCUAUAAGGCGACUCUUGAGGAUGGGCCUGUGGUGGCUGUGAAGCGAUUGAGGGAUGUGACAAUUUCUGAUACAGAGUUCAAGGAGAAGAUUGAAGCAGUAGGAGCUAUGGAUCAUGAGAAUUUGGUCCCUCUAAUGGCUUAUUACUAUAGCAGAGAGGAAAAGCUUAUUGUUCAUGACUAUAUGCCAGCGGGAAGCUUAUCUGCACUUUUACAUGGAAAUAAAGGGGCUGGCGGGACCCCAUUGAAUUGGGAAGUGAGAUCAGGCAUUGCCCUUGGAGCUGCUAGGGGCAUUGAGUACCUACACUCACAAGGGAUUAAUGUUUCUCAUGGGAACAUAAAGUCAUCCAACAUCCUUCUCACCAGAUCCUUGGAUGCUAAAGUAUCCGACUUUGGCCUCUCUCACCUUGCCGGUCCUGCCUCCACUCUGAACCGAGUUGCUGGGUAUCGUGCACCUGGUACCGAUCCUCGCAAGGUAUCUCAGAAAGCAGAUGUCUAUAGCUUUGGAGUAUUGCUCUUGGAACUGCUUACCGGGAAGGCUCCGGCUCAUGCGCUCUUGAAUGAUGAUGGUGUAGACCUUCCUAGAUGGGUUCGAUCUGUUGUUAGAGAAGAGUGGACCUCUGAGGUGUUUGAUAUUGAGCUUCUCAGGUAUCAGAAUGUUGAGGAGGAGAUGGUCCAGUUGUUGCAACUUGCAAUAGAUUGUGUUGCUCCAUACCCUGACAGUCGCCCAUCAAUGUCAGAAGUGACGAAGCACAUUGAAGAGUUGCGAGAGGCUAGCUUGAAACAUGAUCAAGACCAAAUCCAACAUCCUGAUCUGAUCAACGAUGUAGAUGAUAUAUCUUCUUACUGAUUUCGGUCUGAGCUUGUCGUGAGAGCGAAACUUAGGCAUCAGUCAAGUUCUCUGGUAGAAACAUGGCACUUGAAUAUCUUUUAGCAAUUGACAUCACAUUAUUGACUUUCUGGAGAAAUCUUUUUUGACAUGAUCCAUGUUUUUAUCAGAGUAACUUGACAGAACCGUGCAUGCAUCCUAGCUUUUGUGCUUAUCACUAUCCUACUUUAUGGAGGAUAAUCAUCUCAUGUAUAGAUUGUCUUAAUUUAUGGAGUAAAACUGAAUUAUUCUGGACCAAUUUUGGUCAUCAAGAUCAUUUUUCGUUCGUUUCUCUGAUUGUAGUUUGUUUUUAGAUGAUCUGGAUGGCCACAGCUUCGUCUCGGAGAAUUUAUUGUCAAAUCAUCAAACAAAGCUCGUAGUUUGUUAGUGUGCAUUAGUGCUGAUAUGAUUGCACCGAUCAUGCUUUUA